AUGGGCAUAUAUUUUAAUACUCCUGAACAAGCUAAUUCAUUUGUCAAUAAUAAAGAAAUUUUAAAUAAAAAUUGGGUAAUUACUAUUCCUCCCAGGAUGAUCACUUGUAGAGGUGUAGUGUGGAACAUGGGUGAUGAUAUAUAUGAAGAAGAUAUUAUUAAUUAUGGACUAGGUAUAAGGGGUAAUUCCAGAAUCAAAAUUUUAAAUGCCCGUAGAAUUUAUAAAAGAUCUCGAAAUGAAGAUAAUACCAUGACAAGGAAAAGGACUAAUUCCUUUAUUAUUACAUUUAAAGGUAAUCAAGUUCCUUUGGAUUUGGAAUUGUUCAAUGUUUUACGCGAAAUUCAUACUUAUAAAAUUCCAGUAAUUAUAUGUCAUAAUUGCUACAGAUUUGGACAUAGAAUUCUGCAAUGUAGGAGUAGGAAAAGAUGUAUUAAGUGUAGUGAUACUCAUGAAGAUGAUGAUAGAUGUUCUUUAAAUCAAUUAGAAAUUAAAUGUAUUAAUUGUAAAGAAAAUCAUUAUCCCACUAACAAGGAAUGCAAAGAAUUUAAAAGGCAAUUUAUGAUUAAUGAUGCGAUGGCUAAGCAUAACAUAUCUUUUUUUGAAGCAAAUAAAUUAUUUCCAAAGGAACACGUUUCUUCUCCAGAUAGUCAGCAUUUUCCCGAGACUUUAGUUAAUUUGUCUGUCCCUAGAUCUGUAAAGAAGCAUCAUUAUAUUUCUACCUUAAAGAAAAGUAGACCUCGUUCUCCCGUUUCACAGAGGAUACAAACCAAAAUAUCUUAUAAAGACAUCCUUUUUCCUGAUUCGGCUAGAUUAUCAUCCAGUCCAAUUUUAAAUAAUUUAUCACAAUCUGAAAAUAAAUCCAAAAUUGAUGAAAAUAUAGAUGCAUCUAUGGAGGUUGGAGAGUCAUCCAAUUUUAGUUUAGAAUCAUCUAGCCAAAAUAUUGUUCAGUCUCAAGAAAGUUUUGUAGAUAGUUCAAGUUUAAGAAAGUUGAUAAAUGAUACAAAUGUUAAAACUAAAGAUAAACAUAUUACAAAGAAGUCAAAAAGAGCCAUAUAA